ACCCAAAAACACGAUAUACGGGUUUGUUAAAGUAAUUGUAUUUUGCUUUGUUGUUGGAGACGAAUCAAGAAAACGUGACACGUUAGUGAACGUUUUGAUAAGUUAUCAAUUCUAAUUUUUGUGGUGCCCUUGAAAAUUACUUACUUUGUAAGUGUUUAUGAUAGUCAAACUUGCUUAAGUAAGCAUAAUUUACCAACAUACAAUUCUUUCGCGAACAUUUCAAGAUUUAAUAUGAACGUGCGGUUGUUGCCUUCCAAUUUACAGUCUUAUGCAAUUAAAGAAUGUAAGGAAGAUCCCAGUCGAGUUCCCGAGGACGUUGCUCACAUAAGAGAAUGGCUUACCAAACAACCUCAUUUGAAAACCAGAACAGACGAUCAAUGGAUAUUAAGAUUUUUACGAGGAUGCAAGUUUAGUUUAGAUAAAACGAAGGAAAAACUAAACAACUUUUAUACCCUUAGAAGUGCCCUUCCAGAAUUUUUCGCUAACAGAGACCCAUACCUACCAAAAAUACAACAGAUCCUUCAACUGGGAGCUAUUUUACCCAUUGACGUUCCGGAAGGACCGAAAGUACUUCUGCACAGAACUACCAAUAUUGAUCCAUCGCAAGUGUUGUUAAUCGACGUAAUUAAAGUAUGGUCUAUGAUAGCGGAUAUUAUGUUAAAUGAAGACGAUCAUGGCGCAAUUUAUGGCUAUCGUAUUAUCAUAGAUUUGGACACAUUAAAUGCAAAUCAUCUCUUACAAGCUACCCCUAUUGUAACUAAAAAGGUAGUUGUGUGUUUGAAAAACGUUUACCCUUACCGUUUGAAAGGAGCCUAUUUUAUUAAUAUGCCUUCAAUUUUUGAAAGUAUAUUAAAUCUAGGAAAAGUUCUUGUGGGAAAAAAGCUCAGCAGUAGAAUAACUGUGAUUUCGAAAGAUAGUAUACAAUCUUUGUGCGAGCAUGUUCCCAUUUCGGCUCUUCCUGUGGAAUAUGGCGGUUGCGGUGAAACGCUUGAGGAACUUACAGUAAAAUGGAAGCACAAGGUAGAAAGCUACAAAGAGUGGUUUUUGGAAGAAGCAACUUGCGGUUGUGAUGAAAGUAAGCGUAUUUCUGAAUCAUACACACCAUCGGACAGUUUUGGAAUUAAUGGGUCGUUUAGGAAAUUAAAUAUUGAUUGAAUUUGUAGCAUCGUUAUCUGAAUUAAUAAACAAAAAUUGUU